UCUGAUGGUGCUCUCUGGGUGCUGUGUAUGAACAGCUGGGGUGAGGGCAGAAAAAAACAGAUGUGUGGAGAGGUGUGACCCAGUAAGAGGUGACGGUGAUUAAUAUCCGGCAGGGGAAGGAAGAGAGCAGUGGUAAAUGUGGGCACACAUCACAGGGCCUGGGUGUCCACCCCAAUGGCACUGUCACCCCACCCACCUUCCUGCCCCUCCUCCAGACUGCUGGCGCGAGGGUGGGAGGGGAGCUUUCCUUCCGUGCCAGCAUCUCUGUUUUCUUCUGGUCUGCAAUGUGAUUGUCCCAAACCCUCUGGGUUCUUCUAUGUUGGAACUGUUGCCAUGGAGACCUCCUGAGAUGCCUCACUGACCUCUAGCUUCCAGUUUGACUUCGGAUAGAGGGCAAUUUGCAUAUUUCUCCGAAGAACCAUCCAGAACCUGAGCAGCCUGUCUUCAAACAGAAAGAGGCCCACGGCUGUUUCUUGAAAUCUGGGGCUGGGAAUGGCCACGUGGAACAGGCCAUGCCAGAAGCUGCCUCAGCAGCCUCUGGUAGCUGAACCCACUGCAGAGGGGGAGCCACACCUGCCCAUGGGCCGGGAGCUGACUGAGGCCAACCGCUUCGCCUAUGCUGCCCUCUGUGGCAUCUCCCUGUCCCAGCUAUUUCCUGAACCUGAACACAGCUCCUUCUGCACAGAGUUCAUGGUAGGCCUGGUGAAGUGGCUGGAGUUGUCCGAAGCCGUCUUGCCAACCAUGACUGCUUUUGCGAGUGGCCUGGGAGGUGAAGGAGCAGAUGUGUUUGUUCAGAUUUUACUGAAGGACCCCAUCUUGAAGGACGACCCGACGGUGAUCAUUCAGGACCUUCUGAGCGUCUCACUCAAGGAUGGUGGAGAGACUGAGGCCCAGAGAGGGGAAGGGUCUUCCAUGCGGACACACAGCGGCAGAGGGCACUAUGAUGCCCGGGCCAGAGUCCUCGUGUGCCACAUGACCUCCCUGCUCCAGGUGCCCUUGGAGGAGCUGGAUGUCCUUGAAGAGACAUUCCUGGAGAGCCUGAAGGAAAUCAAAGAGGAGGAAUCUGAAAUGGCCGAGGCAUCCCGGAAGAAGAAAGAAAACCGGAGGAAAUGGAAGCGUUAUCUCCUGAUAGGACUGGCGACUGUCGGAGGCGGAACAGUGAUCGGUGUGACCGGAGGUCUCGCUGCACCCCUUGUUGCCGCUGGAGCAGCGACGAUAAUUGGCAGUGCGGGGGCAGCGGCUCUGGGCUCAGCAGCCGGCAUAGCCAUCAUGACCUCGCUGUUCGGUGCAGCUGGAGCUGGCCUGACAGGAUACAAGAUGAAGAAGCGAGUGGGAGCCAUUGAAGAGUUCACGUUUCUGCCUCUGACGGAAGGCAGGCAGCUGCACAUCACCAUCGCCAUCACUGGGUGGCUCGCAUCCGGCAAAUACCGCACCUUCAGUGCCCCGUGGGCCGCCCUGGCCCACAGCCGUGAGCAGUACUGUCUGGCCUGGGAAGCCAAGUACCUGAUGGAGCUCGGCAACGCCCUGGAGACCAUCCUCAGUGGUCUCGCCAACAUGAUGGCCCAGGAGGCUCUAAAGUACACAGUAUUGUCUGGCAUUGUGGCUGCCCUGACCUGGCCAGCCUCACUCCUCAGUGUCGCCAAUGUCAUCGACAACCCCUGGGGGGUGUGUCUCCAUCGAUCAGCAGAGGUUGGCAAGCACCUGGCCCACAUCCUGCUCUCCCGGCAGCAGGGCCGGCGACCUGUCACCUUGAUUGGCUUCAGCCUGGGAGCCAGAGUCAUCUACUUCUGUCUGCAAGAGAUGGCUCAGGAGAAAGAACAAUUGGAUUGCACUUUGGUGUUUGUUUGCUUGUUUGUUUUGAGACAAGAUCUGGCUCCAUCACCCAGGCUGGUGUGCAGUGGUGUGGUCAUAGCUCACUGUGACCUCAAACUCCUGAGCUCAAGCAAUCUACCUGCCUCAGCCUCCCAAGUAGCUGGGACUGCAGAUUGCCAAGGGAUCAUUGAGGAUGUCGUCCUGCUGGGUGCACCUGUGGAGGGAGAAGCGAAGCACUGGGAGCCUUUCCGGAAGGUGGUGUCCGGGAGGAUCAUCAACAGCUACUGCAGAGGAGACUGGCUGCUGAGUUUCGUGUACCGCACGUCCUCGGUGCAGCUCCGUGUCGCCGGCCUACAGCCCGUGCUGCUGCAGAACAGGAGGGUGGAGAAUGUGGACUUGACCUCUGUGGUCAGCGGCCACCUGGACUACGCCAAGCAGAUGGACGCCAUCCUGAAGGCUGUGGGCAUCCGCACCAAGCCAGGCUGGGACGAGAAGGGGCUCUUGCUGGCCCCAGGCUGCCUGCCCGCCGAGGUGACUCGCCAGGCAGCAGCUGCCACCUCAUCAGGAGAUAUCCCCCACCACGUUGGGCAAACCCAGGGUCCCACAUCCGGAGACACCUCCAAAUUGGCCAUGUCCACAGACCCCAGCCAAGCCCAGGUGCAGACAGGGCUGGACCAAUCUGAAGGGGCCUCCCUUUCUGCUGCUGCCAGCCCUGAAAGCACCCCCAUCUGCAGCCAUGGCACGGACCCCAACCCACUGGGCUGCCCCGAUUGUGCCUGCAAGACCCAGGGCCCCAGCCCGGGGCUGGACUGACCACAGCAGGGCACCUGAGCCGUCUUUCCCAAUCUCUCUGUACAGCUCUCUCUUAUACCCUCGGGUUCCUCCUGGGAGCUCUGGAGGUGCGGGAUUUCCACAGGUCUCUUUCCUAAACUGAAGGAAUUGGGACUGAAAGGGAAAGGAAAUGGAAGGAAGGAGAAUUUGGAGGAGAGAACACGCCCAUCCUGGGGAAGCUGCCUGUCCCCAGGGAAACCCCACCAGGGAGCAGCUGCCCCCUCCUCAGAGACCUGCAGAGUCAACCAAGCACGGGUUAGAGUCCCAGAACUGGAAACCAACGGUGGGCUUUCUGUACUGCUUCUCAUAGCUUUGGAGUCUGGCUGUGCAUCAGGAGGUCCCGAGGGCUCUCUGGGGCCUGAGGCUCCCACACCACCUCUCCCUGGCCUCAGUAAAACCAGGUGUAUGCCUGCUCUUCCAUCCACACUCCAGGGCUGCCCACCAGCUGACAGCCACUAUCAACUGGCAGUAACAGAGCAGGUGCAGGUACAAAGAGGGCGGCUCACUCCUGCUCUUAGGAGAUCCAAUCAGAUCUGCCCUGUACAGCCAUGUAGGCUGUGCACUGCACAACUCCAGGGACAUUAGUCACACAGAUGCAAUGUGAGUGUGCUCCCCUAUCAUGCAACAUCUGGACAUAACUAACAGAGCAUGGCGAAUACAUGCUGAAUUGCUUUCAGUAAGGCUGUGAACUAGGCCUGGGGACAAGAAUGAAUUUUACAUGGAAAGAAUUUCCUGUAGCAGGAACAGAGGGGAUAACAACAGCAAUAAAUAAUAAUAAGAAGCUACCACUUCUUGAGCAUGUACCACA